GAAUUUUAUAUAUAACGUUAUUAUCAGGGAUUCUUAUAAAAAUGAAUUAUUUGUGAAUGUGUUUUCAAAUUGAAUUAUGUUUGUGGAAGUCUGUGGAACUGGCGACAAAUUAAGAAAAAAAGAAGAUAUUAUCAUGUAUGUUUAACACUUGCGUGUUUGCAUUUGUUCAAAAUGAUUUCAUUGCGAAGAACGGUCAAUACAAUACAAUUGGUUUGGUUCUGCUUCCCAUCAUAAUUCCUUAGAACAAUGAUAGAACAACUUUUCUAUAAAAUAAAAUUUUAACAAACUGUUGUCGAAAGUGAGCUAUGGAAAACUGAAAUCUUUAACCUUGAAGUUUAAACAGAAUGUUUAAGUAAAGCACAAUGUGUCUGAAGUAACUAUAAAGUUGCAUAUAUGUAAAUGCGAAUGUUAACCUAAAUAAUUCGUUUUCUUGGACACCUUCAAUAUCCAUGGAGUCCCAAACCGUACGGAGCAUGGGGCCAUUUCCCCUCGAUACCAGCUCGCAAAGUGGUGAUUCAGAAAAUGAAUACUUCGAUAAUAGUAUUGAGCUCCGUGGUUAUCUUAGCAAGUGGACGAAUUAUAUAUAUGGGUGGCAACCGCGCUAUAUUGUAUUAAAAAACGGCACACUUUCUUAUUAUAAAUCAGAAUCAGAAUCGGAUUUCGGAUGCAGAGGAGCUAUCAGCCUCAGCAAGGCUACAAUAAAGGCUCACGAUACAGACGAACUUCGGUUUGAUGUGGUAGUUAAUAAUUAUAACAAUUGGUGUUUACGUGCGGAAACUCCAGAAGACCGCAUUCAUUGGGUCGAGGUAUUGCAAAUGUAUAAGGAGGAUACAGCAAGCACAGAUACUACGUCCCUACGGCGUCAUGGCAGCACCAUGUCUUUGCAGUCAAAUACAGUUUCGGUGGCCAGCGGCAACAGUCUAAAAAAAACACAAAGAAACUUAAAGGAAAAAGCAGGUGAAAUAGAGACAUUUAAAGAUAUACUUUUCGGACAGAUCGAAACUCUCCAAAGAUAUUUUGAUGCUUGUGCCGAUAUUAACAAGACAACAGGAAAAUCCCUUGAUCUAGGCGAUGGCUUAAAACCAAUCGAUUUUAAGGGAGAAUCAAUCACUUUUCGUGCCACAACUUCCGGUGUAUUAACAACACUUCAACACUGCGUAGAUAUAAUUGCUGAAAGUGAUGAUUUGUGGAAAAAGAAGUUGGAGAGGGAAAUAGACAGGCGAAAACGAACUGAAGAACAAAAUCGAAAGUACAAGGAGGAGAUCGAAAAAAUUAAACGUAUUUCAUAUCCAGGACCCGAUUUUGAGGAGGGUCCACAUUCCACGCUUCCCGAAGAUGAGUUCUUUGAUGCCGUUGAAACUGGCCUGGAAAAAAUCGAGGAAGACAUGCAACUUCGCGCUAAGCUAAAGUUGCAGUCGCAGCAAUCUUUGACGGUGGCGCAAGCACCGUAUCAAGUCCAGCUUGAAGGAAACACUCCCAGCCUAGAAGAGUUCGGCACUGGCGGAUUAGCCAGAAGUCACAUACUGUGGCCGGAGAUCGAUCGUGUUUGCAGUGAACAGUUGCGAUAUGCUCGCGAAGGAGUUGGUGAGGGUGGUAACGGUUGGCAAAUAUUUGCUGAUGAAGGUGAAAUAAAAAUGUACAAGCGAGAAGAAGAAGUAAAUGGAUUAGUUAUGGAUCCCUUGAAAGCAUAUCACAGCGUUAAUGGGGUUACAGCACGUGAAAUGUGCCAUUACUUCUUCAUGCCCGAGUUUCGCAAUGAGUGGGAGACCACUCUUGAAGACUGCACCAUUCUAGAAAAAAUUUCGCCCGACACAUUCGUCUUCUUACAAACACAUAAACGUAUAUGGCCUGCCAGUCAACGGGAUGCACUUUUUUGGUCACAUAUGCGUAAAAUUACAGAUGGACUUGAUGAGGACGCUGUAGAUAUGUGGGUCGUUUGUAAUAACUCAACGGAUUACUCUAAACAGGAAUCAAAAAAUGGCAAAUGCGUUCGCAUUUUUCUGACCGUAAUUUUAGCCUGCCAGACACGUUUACCCCCUGGAAAAACAAAAAAUGAUGAUCUUAGUCGCGACGAAUUAGCUUGUAAAAUCACAUAUUGCUCUGUUGUCAAUCCUGGUGGUUGGGCGCCUGCUUCCGCUUUGCGAGCCGUUUACAAGCGCGAGUAUCCUAAGUUCCUGAAACGUUUUACCGGAUAUGUGAUAGAUCAAUGCAAGAACAAACCAAUAAUGUUCUGAUAUUAGCAGUCAUUUCCUUAAAAAAUGUUUUCAAACUGUAAUGGAUUUGAGUGAAAAAUUUUUGUUAACAUAUCUUUUCAGUUUCCAUUUUUUUGUUGAUAAUAAGAAGAAUUAACAUUUAAAACAUAAAUACCGUUCGGUUGAUCCUCGAAAGAAAAUAAGCGUAUAAUAAUAUUUUACUCAGUACGAGGGUUUGAGGCUUCUUUAUAUGUUAAAUAAAAAUUUUUAAACACGCAUGGAAAGUGUAAAUAUAAACAUAAUAUACGUUGCUCA